UGUAAAGUGAAAUAUCUUAUUACCUGCCAAAAACUUUCAUCAUUAGUGAAGCGGAUGAUCGUCUGUGGGUCAGAAAGUUCAGUGUAUCAUCAAGGAUUCACCCAAGCAACAGCUUGUUGCAUUCACUGUGACCAGCAAAUGGAGAAAAAAAAGGGGUUGGCAGGUUAUUUACUCCCUGCCUGAUGAUAUCAUCUUACGUGCAGCACGGGGACAUCAUCUGUGGAUAAUGCUGAAUGGCCCAAUUUAAAAAGUUAUUUUGCAGAUAUUUCCACAAUUCAGAAGAAUGUUCACACUUUUAGGAACAACAAGUGUAUGCAGCAUGUGUCCCACAGGGAUUUAGAUUCUUCUUCUUAUGUUUAUGUUUAUAACGUUUAGCUGGUGUGUUUUGUUUGUGCUCUCUUUGAGCAAGCUGCUGGUGUCUCAGGUGUAACACAUACAAUCCUCGACUCAAAGGGUAUUGGGUUUCUACCUGGUAGAGCCUGGCUGGCCUCUUCCAGAUCGUGUUACCGGGCUCCUCUCAUCACUAAUUCAUCUGCUCUCUUCGCCACAAAGCUCCAGGUCGCUAGUUGGUCGGCUAAGACAGCAUUUGUCUGUCCCUGCCAGAGUAGUGUGCAGUGCGAGGGCUCCCAAAGGGGCACCACACCUGAGCUGGGGCCAAUGCAGAACGGGGAGGCUAUGAGCCCACAGGACUCCAAGGCAGCAGGGUCUGAGAGCAUGGAGGAGCAGAAGGCCCAGAGCCACAGCCAGAAUGAGGGAUGUGUGGAGCCCACAGCGCCUCCGCUCCCUCCUCCUUCACCACCACCACCGCCAGGGCCACCAGAAUACCCAAGGCCUAGGCUCAUCUUCCACACGCAGCUGGCUCACGGAAGCCCGACGGGCCGCAUCCAUGGAUUCACCAAUGUCAAGGAGCUGUAUGCUAAGAUCGCAGAAGUGUUCAACAUCUCAUCUUCAGAGAUCCUGUUCUGCACCCUCAACUCUCACAAAGUGGACAUGCAGAAACUACUCGGAGGACAGAUCGGACUGGAAGACUUCAUCUUUGCUCACGUCAGGGGAGAAACCAAGGAGGUGGAGGUGACAAAGACAGAAGACGCAUUGGGCCUCACCAUCACAGACAAUGGAGCUGGAUAUGCUUUCAUUAAGAGGAUAAAAGAAAGCAGUACUAUAGACCAGCUGAAGACUGUAUGUGUUGGUGACCACAUUGAGGCCAUUAAUGACCAGAGCAUUGUGGGGUGUCGACACUAUGAGGUGGCAAAGAUGUUAAAAGAGCAACCGAGAGGCAUGCCCUUCACUCUUCGCUUGGUGGGGCCUAAGAAGGCCUUCGACAUGAUUGGAAUGAGGACCAGAGCACCAAAAUCUACUGAGGGCAAGAUGGUGAACGGAAGGGAGACGCUGCGUCUUCGCUCCAAGGGCGCUGCUACAGUUCAGGAAGUGCAGAAUGAGUUUGAAGAAAGGGCCACCAAGAAAGUGGACGACCUUCUGGAGAGCUAUAUGGGCAUCAGAGAUCUGGAGCUGGCCACCACCAUUGUAGAAGCAGGCAAAGACAAGAAGAACCCUGACGACUUUGCAGAAGCCUUGGACUCCGUUCUAGGGGAUUUUGCUUUCCCUGAUGUUUUUCUGUUUGAUGUAUGGGGGGCUAUUGGUGAUGUUAAGAAUGGCAGAAUGUAAACAUUUACUGACAAGAGAGUGAACUCUGUUCUCUGGUUCAUGGGGGGGGG